AAUGUGGAGGCUUAGGGUUGGAAAGGGAGGAGACGACGGUUACUUGCACAGCACAAACGACUAUGUCGGGAGGCAAAUUUGGGAGUUCGAUCCUGACGUAAGAUCUCAGGAGGAGCUCGACGAGGUUGAAGAAGCUCGUCGAAACUUCUCCCAGAGACGAGCUCGUGUCAAAGCUAGCUCCGAUCUCAUAUGGCGCCUACAGUUUCUGCGGGAGAAAAAUAUUAAACAGAAGAUUCCCAAAGUAGCAAAGGCUGCACUUACAAGAGGGGUUCACUAUUUUUCAGCCUUGCAGGCUGAUGAUGGACAUUGGCCCGCAGAAAAUGCAGGGCCUCUGUUCUUCCUCCCGCCAUUUGUGAGCCUAUAUGUAAACAAAUACAAUUUAAUUGUUUCUACAUUUUCCAAAGUAUAACAAUUUCAAUGAAAAUCUACAAGUCA